UAGGGCCUUUCUUCUUCAUAUAUAAGAUCUAUAGAUCUUGAGGACCUUAUUUUGUUAUCUUGAAUAAUUCGAAGGUCGACGGAUAUCAGCAUCCCUCUCCGUGUGUGUUGUUACUAUGCUGUUGUAGCUAUUUUAAAACCACUGACAGCCAUUCUUUUGAUAUACUGCCUUGUUUUAAAUGUGAUAACAACAAGAUGACUUCUAUAGUGGCAGCUAAAGCGGCUUUGCGGAAGGAGGUGAAGACUAUUAUAGACUUGCUGAGUGUUGAAGAAAAAUGUAGACAAUCAAAGAUAGUUCAAGAAAAGCUAUUUGAAAAUGCCAUUUAUAAGCAAAGCAAGAGAAUAUCUUUGUUUUUGAACAUGGAUGAUGAAAUAGUGACAGAACCCAUUCUGAUGAAUGCCUUGGAGUCAGAAAAAGCAUGUUAUAUACCAAGAUAUGAUAGCAAGAGUAACCACAUGGAUAUGGUUCGACUGAAAAGCUGGAAUGAGUAUGUAUCUCUUCCUGUUACCAAGUGGAAUAUUAAACAGCCCAGCCUAAGUCAAGAAUGUGAAGAGGCAUUGUCUUCUGGAGGCCUUGACCUUAUUUUAGUGCCAGGAUUGGCAUUUACAAGUCAGGGGCACAGGAUGGGAAGGGGUCGUGGAUAUUACGACACUUACCUGGCAAAGUGUAAAGCUGCCAUGCCUUCCAUGCCACAUACAAUUGCCUUAGCUUUCAAGGAGCAGUUAUUGUCGCACAUUCCUACAGAUGAUAAAGACAUGGUAAUUGAUGUUGUCUUAACAGCUUAGGAAUGGUCUUCUUUAAUACUGAUCUGUGAUACUUUACUCUUGUUAUACUGUUGUUAUUAAUUAAAUUUUGUAAACUUUU